CUAGUGACACGACGAAAAACUGCAAAACCAUUGAAGUAAUUGAGAAGAGGGGGUUGUGCUUUCAUCCCCAAGCACGCGCGCCAUCUGUGCAGACCGGUCAGGGGGCCACUCUCUGCUACCACCACCCGCGUUACAAUCGCGGAAACGAGUUGGUCGUAUUCUCUCCCUCGUCAGUGAACCGUAGAACCGAGAGAUUUCCUCAUAAAGUCACGGUGUAAAAAAACGAUCCGACAAUCAUAAAUUAUCAGAGUCCCGAGUGUUCAGUGAGUGAAAAAAAAGUGCGAAAAAAACCCAGUGCAAAUCUGUUGAAACCACUGGAGGAGUUGAAAAAGAUAAUGGAAACCGGGUCAGAGAAAAUGUUAACGAGUUGGCGAUGACAAGUCUGAUAUUGGAGAACGCUGAUUUGAAUCGCUUGUUUCCAAAAUGCCGGCCUAGAGCUGGUAAUCCCCAGCAGUUGGGGACAACAGAUACGCAGCAUCAGUUGAAUCAGCAUCAGCCGCAUGAACGUCGUAAUAACGUACAGAAACAGGAGUCAGCAACGUAUACGUGUACGCUGUCGUCCUCCACGUCGUCGCCAGCAAGUAUUGCCACUGGUAGCGGUGGAUAUCCAGCUGACGACAUGAUAGAUCUGGAGCACGACACCACCGACAGGUGUAGAAAACGAGCGACGAGUCGAAGGAAAAAAACAGGUUCGCUGUCCCGUAGGACGGCUGGCGUGAUGCCGGGCUUCGAGGGUCAGACGGGUCAGAAUCAGCAGUUACAGGUCAAUCAGCAAACUGUUACCUCUGCCAAGCAAACGUCUUCCAGUUCCUCGUCGUCAGCGUCUGGUAGGAGUGAGGAUGCACAGAAUUAUGGGAGUAUCGGGGGAAGCGAUCAUCAGGGACAGUCGCAGCAGGAUGACGACAGUGGUCCGGAAGAGGGACCCGUUUACAUUCUCACCUCGGCCAAGGGAGACAGGAGUUACAAAUUACGUGAUUCUCGGAUCAUCGAAAUUGCUGGUGGAAGGGAAGUAUUUUCUCAGAGCAGAGGUAAAGUUGCUGCUAGGAAGCCUCGUUUUUUGACCUCAUCAAAGUCCGUGCCUAAUGAUGAUUCGCAGACAGAUAAUAAGUUGACUGUCAAGAAGAAUAGUAAAUCACCCAACAGGCAGAGUGUUUGGGAACUCCGAAGCAGGUGUGGCGAGGCACGAAGACAACGUUCAAAUCGUGAGGUAACAGAGACAGUAUUCUCAUCCGAAGUGCACUCAGUACGACGUAACGCAACAAAAUCAAUUCUUGAUUAUGAUUCACCAAAGGCUGCACGAAGCAAUCGUAUUAUAAACUAUGACUCGGUUCUAAAUAGUAAUAAUGUAGAGUACACAGUGCCGAAGAGUAUUACCGAUUUGGAUUAUGGAUUGCCGAAGAAUUGUGUAGAUUAUCAGUCGAAUAACACAACACCAGCCAGAAGCAUGGCUAUCGUAAGUGACGGUGAAGUCGUUGUAUUCGACGAUAUCGACGACAAUUGGCAGAGCUUGAGACUGGAUUUGGGUACGACAAAUACACAGCAGGUUAACAAUACCUGUUUGAACUCGGAGCAGGACGAAGGCCGGAGGAUUUCAUCGGAGCCGUUGGAAUCCAGCGUUGGGAGUACUCCAAGUCCCACAUCAACUUAUCCUAGAAAUACUUCAGACUUUUUUAAGGUAAUAACACCAGCGAGUGACUGUGAGGCAAAUUCACCAUCACCAGAACGUAAUCACAAAGUUGCGAGAGUAAUUGGUGAAUUACCGAUAGCCCAGUAUUCCGGUAGUCCGCGUCGUUACGGUGUACGUGAAAAUUCACGAUUACCGAGUUUAUUGUCAUCGCCAUCGAUGUACAUGACACCAAGGCCAGGCUUUCCCCAGCGAAUAUUACCAACAACGCCAAAUCAGAAGGACAAGGAGACUGAUUAUCUUUCAAAUGCGAAAGAAGAUACGACUGAAAUAUUAGUUGAAACUUCGAGUCCACAGAACGAGAUAAGUAGUACUCUAGUGGUAUCACCAACUAUAGAAGAGGCACCCCAACCUGAGCUACAAUCGCAAACACCAGAGCCAGAGGAGGAGGAGGAAGAGGAGGAUUUCCUGAAGCCAUCAUUUUUAAGCUCUGACAAUUUGUCCAGUCUGGUAACACCUGGUGGCAGUACUUUUGAUUAUCUCUACGAAUUUUCGGAGACACGUAAAGUCCUGGAGGAGUUCUUCAAGUGUCCACCACCCAAUGAGGAGAAAGAAAACAAUGGGGAGACAUUCCCCUUCCAGGACCUGGACUACGAACUUCGACGUCAGGGAGGAAGUUCUUACGUUGGACAACGUCUAGCCAGUGGAUUACCGAGCACCGAAGAGGUUAUGGUCCACGAAUCACCUAAGAAACAGCGAUCUGAUUAUCCACAAUCUGCAACAGAGCACGAGAACAAUUUUUUAGACCUCUCAGUGGGUACAGGUAGCAGUGGUGAUCUUGGUGAAACUGAAGUUGGCCUCCAAGUUGGCCACUCACGUAAUUUUACCCUAAGCCCAGAGACAACAGACUGCGACAGCAAUUGUGGAGAUUUAGACAGUGAAAUGUCCCUGAUGAUGAUGGAUAAUGAAUUAUUACCAGCCAGUGGCCUACUGGGCUCUGUCGGUGAUCUAGGUAACAACUCUGACUCAUUGAGAAUAUACACCAGUAUGCCAGUGCUCGAGGAUGGCCUGUCAAGUGGACAUGCCAGUGAUACUGAUAAUAAUAAUCCCACGGUUAUGCUCAUGAAAAGGCAGAUCAAUGAAAUUGAGAAGGAAAUUAUUCAGAGAACGAGAAAUGACAUUAUGGGAAGUGAUGUCGAGACUGGAAAGGACAGUUCUCUAAAUGUUACGAAAGAUAUACUGCAGACACUCAAAGCAACGUCACCAGAUUUAUUUAUAGCACAGAAAGAAAAUUCCUACGAGACGAAUGAACUCCAUCUUGACGGUCUGGAUCCAUUAGGGACACCGCCACCACCGGCACCACAGGGCAGACAGACAAUGAGCCUUGAAAUUGGGGGAGAAGUGGAGGCUGCCAUCAAGGAUAUUAGAAUGGCUCUGCAAAAGACCAAGACAUUACCGGUUAAAUCGCCCUCGGAGGAACCACCUGAGCCCAAUGUCUCACCUAUCUGGAUUCCAAGUAUGUUGGAUGGCAGGCGGCGGAUGUGCACAGAGAGCAACAGUGAGGACUCUGAGGCUCGCAGAGUUGAGGAUGAGAAUGAGGUUGAGGUGGAGGAAGUUGUCGACGAGGAGGAGGCCGACACUGAUCUCGAAACUGACCGACUCCUGGGACAACAGAGAACUGAUGAUCAGGGAUUUUACGAUGACAAGGGGUGGCGGAAGCCUAAAACUAGGACAAUGCUACCAUCAAUGAGUACGAAAGUCGUAACACCAAAGCAAACCCCACCAAAAACCUUGAGUGUAGCUCCAUUAGAGGCUUUAACUCCACCUGAACCCCUACCCUCAACCUCAUCCUCAAUGUCUCCACCACCUAUUGUAACGGUUAUUCAAUCGCCCUCGAAUGAGCGUGACACAACAUCACCCACGAAAAUAACGACGAGUCCCCAGAAGACCCCGGUUAAAAAUUCUCCCUCGCCCACCCAGAGCCUCAAGGAGUCCAGCGGAAAGGUGAAAAAGGACAAAGAUGGGAAAAAAAAGAGUAGGAACAAAGAAGGCCUCCUGGACGAUCCGUCAGUGCUCAUCGAGGGUGUUCUUUUUCGUGCGAGGUACCUAGGCUCAACACAACUCGUCUGCGAAGGCCAGCCCACCAAGUCCACAAGGAUGUGUCAGGCGGAGGAGGCUGUAUCCAGGAUAAAGGCACCAGACGGUGAAACUCAGCCCAGCACCGAGGUGGAUCUCUUCAUAUCAACUGAAAAAAUUAUGGUCCUGAACACUGAUCUUAAGGAAAUUAUGAUGGACCAUGCAUUGAGAACAAUAUCAUAUAUAGCUGAUAUUGGUGAUCUCGUGGUUCUCAUGGCUCGCAGACGAUUCGUCCCCCACGAAAUGGAAGAAGCACCCAAGAUAAAUAGAACACCAAAGAUGAUAUGCCAUGUAUUUGAGAGUGAAGAGGCACAGUUUAUCGCACAGAGUAUUGGUCAGGCAUUUCAAGUAGCUUAUAUGGAAUUUCUUAAAGCCAAUGGAAUAGAAGAUCACAGUUUCGUUAAGGAAAUGGACUACCAGGAGGUGCUCAAUUCCCAGGAAAUAUUUGGCGAUGAACUCCAGAUGUUCGCCAAAAAGGAGAUGCAGAAGGAAGUUGUUGUACCCAAAGCCAAAGGUGAAAUAUUGGGUGUUGUUAUUGUUGAAUCUGGAUGGGGUUCAAUGUUGCCAACAGUUGUUAUCGCUAAUUUGGCACCCGCUGGAGCUGCUGCACGAUGCGGACAAUUGAACAUUGGUGAUCAGAUCAUAGCUAUCAAUGGUGUAUCACUGGUUGGCCUUCCACUGUCCACGUGUCAGACGUAUAUAAAAAACUCUAAGAAUCAGACAGUUGUUAAACUCACUGUGGUACCUUGUGCACCAGUGGUUGAGGUCAAAAUAAAAAGGCCAGACACUAAGUAUCAGCUUGGUUUUAGUGUACAGAACGGUGUGAUAUGUAGUUUGUUGAGGGGAGGAAUUGCUGAGAGGGGUGGUGUACGAGUUGGCCAUAGGAUUAUCGAAAUCAACAAUCAGAGUGUUGUCGCGGUACCCCACGAGAAGAUUGUCAAUCUUCUGGCUACGUCGGUUGGCGAGAUUCUCAUGAAGACAAUGCCCACAUCAAUGUUCAGGUUACUGACAGGUCAAGAGUCCCCAGUGUACAUAUAAAACAAAAAAGGAGGAAAAAAGUAUAAUAAAAAAGAAAAUAAACGUGUUAAUGGAGUAAACAGUCAGUAACCUGGCCAUUUAAACGUAGUGAACAGACAAUACAAUCUGCCAUCCGCUGCUACAUCCCCCCCGCCCCACCCCCAAGGAAGAAAGGUUUGUUCCAAAUGAUGAAUAUUCGAGUGAUCCUAAGACCCUAAACCGUACGAUAUAAUACAAAAAAAGAUGAUGAUGAAACGACGUUAACUAAGUAUUUAAUCUGAAGCAUAAUUUAUAUAAUGAUUAUCAUAGAAAAAGUCUAUCUAUAAAUAUAUAAAUAUGAAAUAUAAAUAAAGUAUAAAUACAUUUUAUCAGGACGUAAAUGGGAUUUUCUAUGGCAGUUUUUUGGAAUAUUUGGAGAAUGAACAUUUUUAGUGUUGGAUCGUUAGGCUUGUGACGCUAGUUUUUAAAUGUAAAUUAGGGUUAAUGCUCAGUUUGGCUCAAUUCAUCGAUUAAGAAAGAAUGCUUUGCAAAGAUAUUUAUUAUUCAACUGCAAAGGUGAGUCCGAUUGAGAGAUUUGAAACAUUAAAACUGCUGUAGGAAUUCACAUUGGUGGAUUUCAAAAAAUCAAUACGCCAAGGAAGAUGAUAGAUAAAUUCAAUGCACACUAUUAUAAAUAGCACAAAAAAGCUCAUUUCAAGUUCUUGAGCAGGGCUAAAAGAUAAUAUAACAAAAGAAAUCUUGUAUAUUACGUAUUUAAUGACAAAACUAUGUAGUCCAAGUAUUUCUAAACAGAAUGACUCUAUUCCCAGUCCUCGAAAACUCAAUUUAAAGAAAAUGAUGGAUCUAUACAUUCCUCUACCUUCUGCGUAAGCUAAGAAAGUUUGCUUGAAGAUAAAAAACAGAAAAUGGUGGUGCCCAAGUCUGUUAAUUUUUACUGAAAAAAAAAAACAGAUGAAUUCGUAUUAAAAGACAUGUGUAUCUAAUAUGUAAUUUUGAAUUUGUAUGCCUCAUGACAAAUAACGUGAUAUUUAGAGGAGCAUGCCAUAAAUUAUGAUAAACCACAGAAUUAUUAAGACAAAGACGGACAUCUCUAUCCUACAAAUGUGUUCUUACCCUUUCUUCAUUUUAUUGCCACUGAGCUUCCAUUUCACUUGAAAGCUCGUAAUACUUAAUCACCACAGAAUACUUAUCAACUGUAGGGAGAGUCAUAAAUUGGCAAGAAGCAUUUUUUUGCAUCUGAUUAGUACUCGACAGACUGAAAUAUUGAGCAAAAGCAUUCGAAUUCGAUUAGAUGGGGAGAAUAAUAGUCCUCACCGUCUGGUGGUGCUCAUUUCGAUGAAUAACGCUCACGUAGAUUGAAAUCGAUCAUGGAAUUUGAGAAAGAACACAAUAUCAAAUCUUCAUUUCAACAAAUUAUUCUCAGCAAAUAUAGCAAGGACUGUUGAUUGAGAGAUAAUGGAGGGAAUAAUGUAGCCAUUUUUAAUUCAUAUCCUCGAUGAGAAUUGGAAUAGAUCAGAUUAUUUAAUACGGGAACAAAGAUAUUGUAUAGGUGGGUGGCUAACAAGUUCAAAAAACUUAUCUAGUCAUUAAAACGUAAGGGCAAAGUAUAUUAUAGUCUUCAGUUUAAAGUAAAGAACGAGGAGGAAUAGGAGAAAAAUGAUAAUACUCGACUGUUUUAGCCACCCGGACUGAACUUCUGAGAAUGAUUUAUAAGCUUUUGUUGUUAACAUUGAAUCCACGAUGUCACGAGAGGGAGUUAGAAAUGAUAAAUGAUUAUGCUUCGCUGUAUUAUUGAGUGCAUCGAGACCUGCUUGAAAAAUAAAACCCUAGCCGAUCUACGAUAUUCGCUCUCCUCAAUGUCACGAUAUUAUAAUUUCAUCGCUUGAAUCAUCCUCUCGAAUCCCUAUAAAUUGUGAGAGCCAAGUAACUAUCAUUCAAUUUUCGUCUUCAGUGUCGAAAAAAAAAAUUUUACCAUGUAGAUAACGAGUACCUUCUCUUUUUCAAUUUCUUUCGAAUAGCUCUCCUCUUUUUUGAGAUAAUUAUUAAGACGAGAAAAUAAUAAUGAAGCGAAUAUAUAUGUCUAGAAAAAGAAUAAAUCAUUUUUUUACGACAUCAUGUUGAUACGGUGGCGAUUGAAUAUGGGAGUUCUGAGCUACUCUACUCCAAUAUUCAUUACUCCAUCUUAGAAGAAGAAAAAUAAAUAAAUAAUCGUCGGCUGUUAAUAAUUGCUAGGGACAGAGAUUAAGACAUGGAGGAUGUAAUAUGGAAGAAAUAAUUAACAAGAAAUUUAACUUGUACUGUAUUUGAACUAAUUAUAUGUAAAAUGUGUUUAGAGGCAUGUUUUGUUGGAAUUAAUUUUUGUUUUUCUCCAAAAAGCUAAUGGGAAUUGCGAGUAAAGGAUGUUUGGGCAGUGACUCGAUAUAAAUUGAACGUUAUAAAUAAUUGAGAGGGACAAAAGAUGAUAUAAAUUAAGAAAUUAAUCCUAUUAUGAUGCUAGAGCUUGCGCGCUGUAGCUUGCGAGUCGUGAAGAGGCACGCUGAAAAAAAGUGAAAUAUAAUUGACAAAAAAAAUAUAUUUAAAAAAAUCAUCACGACUAUCUUUAUCAAUGUUUGUGAGUGGUAUAUAAUAUAAGUUAAAUUAUCAGUGAGCUAUUGAAUGUGUAUAUGGUAAUAACUAUUAUACUAGUCCACACAAAGAUAACAAUAAACUGUAAUUUUGAAUUCAAAAA